CUGUGAACAUAGUAUCGACCACGUGGUUAAAUUAGGACCGCAGUAUUUUCUUGAUGAUUUUGAUGGCAAUUGUGUGUAAAAGUUGGUAGUCACGAAUAUUAAAUUGAAGCAUCAUAUGAAUGAUGCUGCUAAGCCUAUUUAAUAACGCGUAAAUAGUUUAGUAUAAACUAAAAACUCGUGGUCUACAUACGGACAUAUUCUGUUUUUUUUUUUGUAAUGGCUUCUUCCUCUUACGCACCAUUCUCUGCAGUCUUCAGCGGUUUCGCUGCAACCAAACCUAACCCACCUCCGACUUGUUCUGCUUUUCUCGUCCCUAAGCGAAGAUCAAAUUCUCGGAAUCUGAAAAAUGGGGUUUCCUUGAAAUCUUGGAAUAAGCAUGGGUUUCAAUUCAAAUCAAGAAAUUUGAGUGUGUAUGCAAGAGCUACUGAAGAGAAGACUGUUCAUGAUUUCACUGUAAAGGACAUAAGUGGGAAGGAUGUUUCCCUAGACAAAUUCAAAGGAAAACCUCUGUUGAUCGUUAACGUUGCUUCAAAAUGUGGUUUGACAUCAUCAAACUACACAGAGCUUUCACAAUUGUACGACAAAUACAGGAACCAAGGAUUUGAGAUUUUAGCUUUCCCUUGCAAUCAAUUUGGAGGUCAAGAACCCGAAUCAAACCCGGAUAUCAAGCGGUUCGUGUGUACCAGAUUUAAAGCUGAGUUCCCUAUAUUCGAUAAGGUUGAUGUGAAUGGACCGAGCACAGCUCCAAUCUACCAGUUCUUGAAAUCAAAGUCUGGUCGGUUCUUGGGUGAUCUCAUCAAGUGGAACUUUGAGAAAUUCUUGGUUGACAAAAAGGGCAACGUCGUCCAGAGAUACCCUCCCACGACUUCGCCUUUACAAAUUGAGAAAGACAUCCAGAAGUUGCUUGUGGCUUAAAUUUUAUUGUGUUCAUAAUGUGUGUAUAAGAGAUUCGUAGUGUCUCAAUAACCUGUUUAUUGUUGGUAUACCAGAAAUUCAGAUAGACAUGUAUCCCUUAUGUAACAGUCUUAUAGAAAUGACAUUAUACGAUCGGAAAUUCAAAUGAACAUUUAUGCACACUUUGGAGACA